CUACCUGCUUUCUCAUUCUCCGUACAGAGCACCGACUCUUCAUGCAGACCGCAGCUAAUGUAGCGCAGGCCCGUAUGGGUAAAAUCCCAACUGUUGUUCAAGAGCAAUACAAGGUUCGCGAAGGCGGUUCCACCAUGAAGGCUCUUGCAUGGUUCGGCACCGAGGACGUACGCGUGAUUGAUGUUCCCAUUCCUGACAUCACCGAGCCCGACGAUGUCAUCGUCCAAGUCACUGGCACCACCAUCUGCGGGUCAGAUCUCCACCUCUAUCAUGGAGAAAUCCUUGCACUCCAGAAGGGUGAUAUCCUUGGGCACGAGUUCAUGGGAAAGGUCGACCGGAUCGGUCCCAACGUAAGGAACCUCAAACUUGGCCAGCGCGUCGUGGCAUCCUUCCAAAUCGCUUGCGGAAGGUGUAGGUACUGCCAACAGAAGUUGUCUUCUUUCUGUGACAAAACAUGCUCUUCCUCGUUGCAAAACUACUUGUAUGGCGAGCGCGACGCAGGCUUUUUCGGAUACUCCCAUUUCGCAGGUGGAUUCCCUGGUGGUCAGGCGGAAUACGUCAGAGUCCCCCUCGGAGAAGUCAACCUUCUUCCAAUUCCCGAUGACGUUCCAGACGAAAAAGCACUGUACCUUUCUGACGUCCUUCCUACCAGUUAUCACAGCAUCGUAGAUACUGGCGUAGAAGAAGGAGAUACCGUCGCAGUUUGGGGCCUUGGACCCAUCGGUCAGUGCGUCGCACGCUGGGCAAAACUUAAGGGAGCCAGUCGUGUCAUUUGCAUAGACGAGGUUGCUGCACGCCUCGAGAUGGCAAGUUCUGGAGGUUUCGAGGUUGUCGAUUUCAGUAAAGAGAAAAACAUACCAAAGAAGCUCCGCGAACUUGUGCCAGGGGGACUCGAUGUAGCAAUCGAUUGCAGCACAUUUCAUGCACCAAAGACGUUGCUGCACAAAGGUUUGAAGUUGCUUAUGCUCGAGACAGACGUGCCAGAGGUUGUCAACGAAAUGAUUGUCUCGGUGAGGAAGAUGGGUCGAUGUGGAUUGAUCGCUGCAUACGCCGGCUUCACCAAUGGUUUCAACAUCGGGGCAUUGAUGGAAAAGGGUGUGAGGUUCAUAGGUAACGGCCAGGCACCAGUCCACAAAUAUUGGGAAGAACUACUCCACGACUACAUCAGGCCAGGGGAAUUUGACCCCCGAUUCAUGAUUACUCACCGGGUCCCUCUCGAGGACAUGGCUAAGUUGUAUGCCGCUUUCGAUAAGAGGGUCGGAGGUGUAGUAAAAGUUUUCGUUGAGACCAAGUUUUCAUCACUGCCAUCUGAGGGUUGUCCCAAGGCGACGAGGGUGACUGACUGGAAAGCUUAG